AUGUGGCCAGGUCUAAUGUUAAACUCUGCCGAGACAUGGAUCGACACCAGCUCCUCAGCUUCAGGCAAAGGAUUUUUUCGAAAUGUCAUCGACAAAGUCAUGUCUGGAGAAAACGUUCCACAUUUUGAUGCCCAUUUCAUGUCUGAAACUGGUCUUAUCGAUAUCUUCUUCUUUGGCGGCUCAUCACCUCGAGAUGUACAACGGCAACUCUCAAAAACAACAGGAGUAUGUCGUGAAAUCUAUAACUGGUGA